CACAUUUCAUAUUUCAUACACCACCCAAAAACAGUGUAGGAGUUGGACUGAGGUUUCUGCGAAUUUUUUAUUAGGAGGAGCCACAAGCGGAGAGAGAAGAGAAGGUUUCGUCCAAUUUUUGAUUAGUCUUCUCAGCUUUUCGGGCUCCUAAGACAACGUUUAGCUCUAAAAUGGGAGGGACACAAGCGGAGAGAGAAGAGAAGGUGUCUUUGGAACUCAGCGAAGAAAUUCUUCAGAGUAUGGAAGUAGGAAUGGCCUUCAAAGACUAUAAUGGUAGAAUUAGCUCGUUGGACUUUCACAGGGCAUCCAGUUAUCUAGUGACUGCUAGUGAUGAUGAAUCCAUUCGUCUGUAUGAGGUUACCGGUGGAACUUGUUUGAAGACAAUUAAUAGCAAGAAAUAUGGGGUUGACCUGGUUUGCUUCACAUCUCAUCCUACAACUGUCAUCUACUCUUCAAAAAAUGGUUGGGAUGAAUCUUUGCGGCUUCUAUCAUUGCAUGAUAACAAGUAUUUGAGAUAUUUCAAAGGUCACCAUGACAGGGUUGUGUCACUAAGCUUGUGCUCUCGGAAAGACUGCUUUAUAUCUGGAUCUCUAGAUCGAACUGUUUUACUGUGGGAUCAGAGGGCUGAGAAGUGCCAGGGUCUUUUACGAGUACAAGGAAGGCCUGCUAUAUCAUAUGAUGAUCAAGGGCUUGUCUUUGCAAUUGCCUUUGGAGGAUACAUAAGAAUGUUUGAUUCUCGCAAGUAUGAAAAGGGUCCCUUUGAGAUAUUUUCUGUUGGGGGAGAUAUUUCUGAUGCAAAUGUUGUGAAAUUUAGUAAUGAUGGGAGACUCAUGCUUUUAACUACGGCAGAUGGGCAUAUUCAUGUGCUUGACUCAUUUCGUGGCACGCUUUUAUCCACAUAUAAUGUCACACCUGUCUCAUGCAAUUCCACAUUAGAAGCUUCUUUCAGCCCCGAGGGAAUGUUUGUAAUAUCUGGUUCUGGGGAUGGCAGCAUCUAUGCAUGGAGUGUUCGAAGUGGCAAAGAAGUUGCAAGUUGGAGGAGUGCAACUUCUGAUACUGGACCUCCUGUUAUAAAGUGGGCUCCUGGAAGUCUUAUGUUUGCUACUGGAUCAUCCGAGUUGUCAUUCUGGGUUCCAGACUUGUCUAAGUUGGGAUCUUAUGUUGGAAGAAAGUAGGAACAAUGCAUGAUAAAGCUAUUGUUUUCCCAUCAACCCCAUGAAAGAUAAUAUUUUUUUAAAAGAAUUAAUACUAAGUGGAAGAUUUUGCCAUGGUUUGUAAAUAUUCUUCUCUGUAAAGCAAUGGAUUUCAAUGAUCCUCCUAAUAUGUACAAGUUGAAAUAUUUAAAUGUAUAUAUCUUCUUUUUGCCAA